UGACAGAAUCGCAAAACAAAACACAACGCGGCAAAGCUCUAAAUCAGUUCCUCUUUGGUCCCUCGUUAGCUUCAUCCAUGGCCGAGCCUCCUCCCUCGGCAUCGGCCGCCGCAACCCGGAAACGCCAUUCCUCAAUCGGAUCCAGCUCCCGCCCCAUCUCCGGCGCCACCACAGCAACCACAAUCCUCAAUCGCUCCCCCGCCCAAUCCUAACCCUAACCCCAACCCCAGCCCUACUACAAAUUCCACCAAUACUCUGGUUCCUCCUCCGCCGCCGGCCUUCCCUUCCGCCUACGGUCUUCCACCGCCGCAUCCAAUGUCUGGCGCGGCUAUGCCGCCAGUGGCGCCCUCGUUUCGUCCGAUUCCGCAGUUUGCUCCGCUUCCGAAUUACCAAAAUCAGAGUGCGAUUGGUGUUCAGCCCCCAGGCGAUGCCUCAUUACCAGGCUCCACCUGGUCAGCCGAUUCUGAGACCGCCUUAUGCUACAUUACCUAACGGGUAUCCGCCUGUGCCUGGAGCUACUCCUCAAGGAAUCAUGCCCCCUCCUGGUGGGUUAUUCUUGUUCUGCCCUUCAUUCCCUACAUUGUAUCUCUCUUCCUCUCUAUACAUAUUGAUCAGGUCCUGGUUUACCUUAUUAUGGUAAUCUGUGUGCCGAGGAACUUGGAUGUCAUUGGCGUUAAAUUAACGAGGAAUGAUAUCUGAAAGUUUGUGUUUACAUGAGGUUAUUAGGGGGAUUUUGGGGGAAAAAGGGCAUCGAUGACCCUGAUGUUUUCUCGUACAGUGUCUUGAUUGAUUACGGUUGGAAGGGCUUCAUUGAUAUUGCUUAAGAGACUAUCACCUUCUUCUACAACCCUGUUUUGGUAUGCUCUGCUUAGCUCCUUUUGACUGCAUUUAGAAUAAUGAAUAUGUUCUGAUGCUGCAAACGAGGGUUACUGUUUUAUUGCGUUAACGAAACAUCAUAUGGAAUUCACUGAGCAAAGACUUAAAGCGCAAUCCAUUUCGUUCUAAACUCUCUGGUUGUGCCAUGUCUAUUUUAGUGGGCAUCUUUCUGGUAGUUAUAAGGAUUCUUUCCCUUUCGUGGGUUUAUGAAUUGCCAGCAGCAGACCAUGUUAGCAACUGAGUGCUCCUUGGCAUUUUGCUCUUAAGGUAUUGACCAAUCCUUCGAUUUCAGUCUUUUUCUUUCUCUUCCUGCUCCUUGUUUUUGCCAGCGUGUCUUAAAUCUUAAUUUUGGACAACUAACAGAAUGGAUAAGUUAAAAUAGCUUUAACAUGGUAGUCUAGGACUGGUCAUCCAUAGCUUGUGUGAGUCAGACAUUGAAAAUCUCAUGCUACUCAAUGGCAAAAAUCUGCAAUUUGGUGCAUGGGGUAAUUUGAAAAGCCUGCCAAUAGCAAGUGGAUGCGUGACCGAGGUAAGUGAAGCCCAUUUAACAUAUCUGCGUUUAUGAAUCCGAUCCUACUCUUCUUGAUGUUUGCCUCAGGUUAUCUGUUCAGCUGGUGAUACUUUAUGCCUAUGGUACCAUCUCUAGUGUGAUUUGAUUGUGUGGUAACCACAUUUAUUGCUCUUAAUAGUACUUAUGCAUAAAUUGUGGUGGGGAUGUACAGUUCUUGCCAUCUUGUGUUGUUGGAGCUUCUCUAAUAUGUUGGCGUAGCUGUGAUUUUAUCUUAUGCAGGAAUGGCUCGCUAUCCUUCACCUUACCCAGCUAUGAUCCGUCCAAUAUUUACUCCACGCCCACCUGGUGCACCAGUCAUACUUCCAAUGACUCGUCCUCUUGUUCCAAGUAUUCCUGGCGUUCGUCCUAUUAUCCCUCCCAUUAUGAGGCCAGUUAUACCUUCCGUGACACCGGCAGAGAAGCCUCAGACUACAGUCUAUGUGGGCAAGAUAUCACCAACUGUGGAGAAUGACUUUAUGCUUUCUCUUCUUCAGUCUUGUGGAACUGUAAAGAGUUGGAAACGUGCUCAGGAUCCUUCUGAUGGGACUCCUAGAGGCUUUGGCUUUUGUGAAUUUGAAAAUGCCGAAGGUGUUCUCCGUGCAUUACGUCUGCUCAGUAAAUUUAAUAUUGAUGGACAAGAACUCGUGUUGAAUGUUAAUCAAGCAACACGAGAAUAUCUAGAUAGAUAUGUUGAAAAGAAAACUGAAAAUUCAAAGAAUCUCAGAGAAGGGGGAGCCAAGCAGGAUGUUGCCCCAAAUAACGCAGAGAAGACUGAACCUUCUGAGUCAUCUGAAAAGGCUGGAACUAUGAAGUCUUCUCCAGAUGUUUCGGAAAGUGAUAAUGAAAAAGCGGACAAAGGUGGCCAUGAUCUGGCCAAUUUUGGUAUUGUCACCAAUGAAGAUAAAGAAGGUGACAAGGCAGCACAGGAGAAGCUUUAUAACAUGAUAGAAGAGAGACUGAAGACCAAACCUCUGCCACCACCACCACCUCCUCCUCCACCUCCGCAACUUCUUAUUGAUGGUUCUGGCAAUCCAAAUACCGAGCAAACCAAAUCAAGAGAUGGGGACUCGGAAACUGAUGCAUUGAAAAAUGAUGCUGCUGAAGAAAAAAAUAAUGACGAGAUGAUUGGUGAUUACAAAGCAGCAAGUGAACAUGAAAGGCCUGAGGUAAGCUCACCAGACAGGAACAGAAGGUAUGAUAGAAGGGGCAGAGACAAGGAACGAGAUCUUAAGCGUGAAAAAGAACGAGAGAUAGAAAGAUAUGAGAGGGAAACAGAAAGAGAACGUAUUAGAAAAGAGAGGGAACUUAGAAGAAAGGUGGAAGAUGCUGAGCGUGAGUAUGAAGAACGUCUAAGAGAUUGGGAAUAUAGAGAGAGAGAGAAAGAAAAACAACGACAGUAUGAGAAAGAAAGGGAGAAAGAAAGAGAUCGCAAGCGGAAGAAGGAGAUUCUUCACGAUGAAGAAGAUGAAGAUGAUGACUCUGGGAAAAGAUGGCGGAGGAGUGUUAUAGAGGAGAGGCGGAAAAAAAGACAACGGGAGAAAGAGGAGGACUUAGCUGACAGGCUAAAAGAAGAGGAAGAGAUUGUCGAGGCCAAGAAGAAGGCUGAAGAGGAAAAAUUGCUAGAGCAAGAAAAAGAGGUGCUGAAACUUCCACAUGCGGAUAUUGUGAAUGGUAGCGAGAAGCCUGCUUCGUCUGAUGGAAUGUUCAUUGAAACUACGCAUAAAGUCAUUGAACAGGGGGACGAGGGUGACUCUGUCAGUGCCAAUCAUACAGAUGAUGAGGGCGUGCAGAAUGGUGCUGGUGAAGUUUCAACUGUGCCAAUGGUUGAAUCAGAAGCUCAGUGCCAGAGUGCUAAUGCUCCAACAAGAAAAUUGGGGUUUGGUUUAGUUGGGUCUGGGAAACGUGCUGCUGUACCUUCAGUUUUCCAUGAGGAGGAUGACGAUCCUCAUAAGGAUAAAAAAAUGAGGCCUCUAGUUCCCAUAGAUUAUUCAACCGAGGAAUUGCAAGCCGUUCAACCUAUUACUUCUGGAGCUCAACCACCAAAUCUAGUUGCUGCUGCUGAAUAUGCAAAGCAGAUAUCUAAUAUUGCUCCCCGGGAAGAGAAAUCUGAAGUUGCAAGGGACAAAAAUCAACGUUCUCAUGAUAGGUCUGGUCGGCGGGACAAAAAUGACGAAGACAGUAAUCAUCGGUCCAGAGAAGAGAACAGAGAGAAGAGUGGACGCGACAGAGACCGGGAUCAUGGUCUAGAUAAGGUGAAGACCCCAGAUAAACAGAAGCUUUUAGAUGCAAAACAGCUGAUUGAUAUGAUUCCGAAAACCAAGGAUGAGUUAUUCUCAUAUGAGAUCAAUUGGACCGUUUAUGACAAGCACUCGCUGCAUGAUAGAAUGAGACCAUGGAUUUCAAAGAAGAUAACGGAGUUUCUGGGAGAGGAAGAAACCACACUAGUGGACUACAUUGUGUCAAGUACAAGGGAGCAUGUUAAGGCUGCACAAAUGCUGGAGAUGCUUCAGUCCAUACUAGACGACGAGGCCGAGAUGUUUGUGCUCAAAAUGUGGAGGAUGCUCAUCUUUGAGAUCAAGAAGGUGGAGUCGGGCCUGGGUUUGAAGUCCAAACCAUGAGGCUUGUGAUUCUUCUGGUUCUUGCCAGGGGUGCUAAUCUUCAGAUGUAGGUAGGUCUCUUUAACUUGGGAAUACAGACGGAGUCCUGGCCAUGUAUGUUCUCUGGAUUUUGCUCUGGGGAGCUUUCCCUUUUCCUGCAGGUGGUGCUUUUUCCAUCAGAUGAGCUGCUUUCUUGCAUUUAGUCAUUUAGAUGCGGAAGACAAAGAUUAGAUGUUGAAAAGUGACUUCGUGGCCCGCAAAUCAAUUGCAUAGUAUUUUUGGGCUGUGAAGGCGGGCGUGCAGAGCUCACUGCUCUUUGGCACAUCCUUGGAAAGCGGCUGAAAACUGAGAGUGGGGUAUU